AUGCGUCUCACGUCAAUCGUCGCUCUUCUCCCUGCCCUGGCCCUGGCCCAGGAACAGGCACCCCUCGCCGACCGUGUGCAGGGCUGGUUCAACAAGGCCAAGGAGUACCUGCCGACUGCUGCCCCUGCCGCCCCUAUUGAGAAGAUGGCGGAGAAGGUCACCGAGAAGCGCGUCACCCAGCUCAACCUGGGUAACUGGCAAUCCAUCCUGACCCCUGGUGACAAGCAGCAGGAUUGGUUUGUCUUUGUGACCGGUGGCAACAAGACCUGCUUUGGCCGCUGCGAGCGAGCUGACAAGGCCUUUACUGAAUCCGUGCUGCUGUUCUCGGCUGACCCGACUGCUCCCAACCUGGGUCGCCUGGACUGCGAGUCCAACCCGGUUCUGUGCGCCAUCUGGUCGUCUGGUGCUCCCACGGUCUACCACUACCAGGUGCCUCAGGCGCAGCUCGGCGAAGAGCGUCCCCCGACUCCUCUCCAUAUUGUCUACUUGAACUCCACCACCAUCACCCCGGAGCAGAUCUACCAGAUCCACUCCAAGAAGCUCUGGGAGAAGGUUCCAGUCUACGAGGGUGUCCUGCACCCGACUGAUGGCUGGCUGGCUAAGUACAACCUGAACGUCCCUGUGGGCUACGGCAUCUGGGCCCUGAGUUCCAUCCCCAGCUGGCUGUUCAUGGUCCUUAUCAGCUUCUUCAGCCGCACCGUGAUGAGCCGCCGCAUGGGCAACGUUGGAGCUGCCCCGCAAGGCCGCCCUGCUGCUGCCACCGGCAGUGCGAACUAG